UAUUAUUGCUACCACAAUACACAAAGAAGAAGACGGCACACAAAACAAAGACAAUCAUUCGGUAAGAAAGAAAAACCGCGUCUUUUCAGCGCUUCAGAACUCGACGCAGGGUUCAGGGACAAAAGGAAUAAAAAGUAUUUGAACUAAGGCUGAUUCUGCACGCUAGUCCAGUCGGUGGCGGUAAUGCACCGAAAGCCGGCUUUAAAGCGGCAGCCGAACCUUAACAGAAGAAAGCAGCAGCAGCAGCGCGCGCGCGCCACGAGAUGAACCCUCAUCUCUUUCAGUAGUCUUUCACGCGGUCCCUCCUCUGUAGAUGUCUGUGGUGUGUGCCGACCCCUGCGGCUGGCUCCUGGACCCCUGCUCUCUCACAGACGAGGGCCUGCGGCGCUGCGUCUCUCUCGACGAGGGCCCCGACGCGCCGCGGGUCUUUAGAUGCCGCUUCAGGAGGGAGUACUUCAACACCUCCAGACCUCACCUUCAUCAGAGCACGGCCGACCUGACGAGUGCCGCGAAGCACAGCGAUGCACGACGAGAGGAGAUCGAUCUACAGACGCGAAAGAAACGAAAGAGAAAGCAGCGUGAUCUUAAUACGGGAGAGGCGGAUGCCCGUGUUUAUCAUGGAAAGAUCAGGUCGGCGGUCCUGGAAGGCUCUAGGGCUCUUCUGGAAGCCGGCCGCCGCUGUGGACACCUGACCGGAGCUCGGGUCGAGCCUCCUCCGCGGUCCGAGGCGUGGGACGAGUGCCGGCUAGCUGCUCUGUGUGACGUGGCGAAGCGGCUCCCGCUGGCCGACGAGUCCGUGGAGGCGCCCGUGAACACGCUGAGCCGAGACGCUCUGGACCCGGCGGCCGACCUCUUCUCACGCCUCACUGAAAACCCGUCUGACUGCGCCUGCGAGGUCACGCUGAUGAAGGAGAAGUAUCUCUUGCCGCCGCGCAGCCGCUUCCUGUUGUCUGAUAUCACUCGUAUGCAUCCGCUCCUCAACUGUGGAGACCGAUUCGACCUCAUAGUCCUCGAUCCACCGUGGGAGAACAAAUCGGUGAAGAGGAGCAGCAGAUACAGCUCUCUGCCGUCGUCUCAGAUCAAGCGGCUUCCUGUGCCGGCGCUGGCCGCCCCGGGCUGCUUGGUGGUCACGUGGGUAACUAACCGGGCGAAGCACCUGCGUUUCGUCAGAGAAGAGCUCUACCCGUUCUGGGAGGUGGACGUGCUGGCCGAAUGGCUCUGGGUGAAGGUGACCCGAGCGGGAGAGUUUGUGUUUCCUCUGGACUCGCCGCACAAGAAGCCUUACGAAGUGCUGGUUCUGGGCCGGCGCCGACCCGUCAGGUCUUCAGAAGCAGAGCGUCUUCCAGAGCAGCGGCUCGUCAUCAGCGUCCCAUCCGUCCUGCACUCCCACAAACCUUCAUUAUCAGCUGUGUUAAAGCCCUACGUUAGCCCCGAGCCCAAGUGUCUGGAGCUGUUUGCCCGCAGCCUCCAGAGCGACUGGACCAGCUGGGGAAACCAAGCCAUCAAGUUCCAGCACAGCAGCUAUUUCUCCAGAGAGAGCGCCGAGGAGACGCCCGUACGCCCGAGACGCCCGGGACCACCGGCACGCUGUAGCUCAACGCCUUCAGUGUGCAUUUCUAAACGAUGGCGGGUUUCGGCUCGCUGACGCUGAAAAGCGAGAUGCAGUCUUCAUCGGAACGGUGCACUUUAAUAACCGGAAGUCUGCAAAGCGGUCGUUUUUAGAAACAUUUUUAUUAUUUCAGAAAUGUUACGGUUCUCUGGUGGCUUUCGAGGAUCGUGCACAGUUUGACUUUUAUGGUGUGCAUUCGUAUUAAAAACCUUUUCACGCGAGAUGCAUGCGAAAAUACCCUCUUCUUUAAUACCGUUUCCACGAUGUAGAAUCAGCACGUUCUCGUUACGCCUGUCUUUUAAUUCAUGCACGCUGUAUGUUGGUUUUGGGGUUUUUUUAAUAAAAAAGAAUGCUUUCGGUAAUAAUUAAUUAAAUAAAAAGAUUGGUGUUUUUCUACA